AAAAGAGGAGUGGAGUAGAUCAUUAAAUGUAUCAAAAACCCCAAAAUAACGCUAAGAUGAGUGCUUCAAACGCAAUUCCAUAUGAUACUAAUGUAUCCAACUUCGUUUCUGUGAAACUUUCAGGCAAGAAAAACUAUCUUCUUUGGAAAGCCCAAAUGCUUUGCCUACUGAAGAGUGUCAAUGUGUAUGGCAUCCUAGAUAACACAUUUGUUGGGCCAAUAGAUUCUGACGCAGAAACCAUGACACAAUACGAUAAUCUUGUCAGAGGCUGGAUUUUCGGUUCUGUCAGUGAAGAUGUACUAGCAGAAGUCUUCAACCUCGGUUCUGCCAAAGCUGUUUGGGGAAAACUACAAUCCAACUAUGAUCCUCCUAAGCGCUUCGAAGAAGAUUCAACUCCAAAAGAAUCAGAUGCAAAAACCGAAAAAGAAGACAGAGAUGCUGUUUCUGUAGAAACAAGCACAGUUGAUGAAGGCGCAAUUUCAUUAGAUGUAAUAGAAGAAAGUGAAAUCAAAGAAAGUGAAAUCGAAGAAACUGAAUUGGAAACAAAGAAUGAAGUGAUUGAGCGCAAGAAGAAAUUGAAGAAACUGAAAUCACAUCUUAUAAAGGGGGAUUGGCCAGAACUACAUUCCAUGCUAAAAGAAGAUGAAGGCCUGGCGACAGAGGCAAUCAGUAGUGAUGGUAGCACCAUACUUCACAUUGCUGUGGGAAUACGUCGUAAUGAUAUCGUGAGAAAGCUGCUUUGUUAUAUAACAAAUAAUGUAAGGUAUACGUAUAUAAAUGAAGCACAAGUACUUAAAAAGAGAAAUUCUGAUGGAAGCACAGCACUUCACAUUGCUGCCAUUGUUGGCAACAAAGAAGCAGCAGGUGUCCUCCUUGAAACGAACAGGGCGUUGUUACAUACUAGAGACAAUAAUGGUCAUCUCCCAUGGCGUAAAGCUUAUGAAAAUAUGCAUCUUGAUACGAUUGCAUAUUUUUUGGAGAAAUCCAGUGUCUGUGGUGAAGAAAUUGACUAUGUAAACCUUAUUGUUAAUGCUAUUUCAGCAAAACAAUACAGUUUAGCAUCAGAGUUUUUGAAACAGUUUCCCAAGGCUGCUUCAAAAAGUGACCAGGUACUCAUGGCAUUGAUUAAAACCUUUCCGAAUGGGCUAGACGACAGGGAAAAACUUUUCUAUCCUUCUCUAAAAAGUACUUUGGAAAUGCUGCGUAAAACAACUUUGGUUACUGUGUAUAUUUUUGCCUUCCCUGCAAUCACUGCACAUCGAAGUUUCGGUGAUUACACGGCUACGUGCGGCUAUGUUUGUGAGGUUGUUGCGGGAAUAAUAUUCUCAAUAUUUAUAGUACCAAUUUGCACGCUUGCAUCAGCCUUUGCAUUUAUAUGCCUCCUCGUAUUGAUAGUUUGUUUCCCAUUCCUUAUUCUUUAUUACCUCUUGUGGAAGGGCGCAAAGAUACUAGAUUUUGCGCUCAUCAACAAAAUCGAGUACAAAAUUAUGAAACGGGAAGAAGCAAAAAAAUUUCUAGCAUUGGUAUGUGAUGAAAUAGACCAAAUGAAGUACCGAGGUUCUCAUCACCCCUUUUAUACACGACCAAUUCUUGAGGCUGCUUGUCAAAAUGCUUAUUAUGUUGUUGAAGAGAUUUUAUCUAGAUCCCCGGAAGCAAUUCAGAGUAAAGAUGAAAGUGGGUAUGAUAUUAUUCAGUUAGCAAUAGCAAACCGCUCAGAAAAAAUCUACAACCUUAUCUAUGAUGUUGACGAGCGUAAGAAUAUGCAUAAAACGUACGAAGAUUCUUCUAAAAACAAUAUCUUGCACUUGGCCGCAAGGUUGGCACCUUUAAGUGUUCUCAAUCAGAGAAGAGGUGCAGCAUUACAACUACAACGAGAGCUUCAAUGGCUUGAGGAAGUGGAGAAACUUGUGAUUCCUACAUUUAUCACUCAAGAGAACAUUUUUAAGGAGACGCCAGAUAUGGUUUUCACAAGGGAGCACAUGGAUUUAGUGAAGGAUGGAGAGCAAUGGAUGAAAACCACCGCAGAGUCAUGUAGUAUCACUGCUGCGCUUAUUACCACAAUUGUAUUUGCAGCUGCAAUUACAGUACCAGGUGGAAGUAACCAAGAAAAAGGGACCCCCUUGUUUAAAAAGGAACCUGCAUUCAUUAUAUUUGCUAUAUCAGAUGCAAUCUCACUAUUCGCAUCCAGUACGUCGUUACUAGUGUUUUUGUCUAUCCUAACGGCGCGUUUUGCUGAGAAAGACUUUCUAGUCAAUUUACCUUGGAGAUUGUUUAUCGGACUUUUCUCCUUGUUACUUUCUACAACAGCCAUGAUGGUAGCGUUUAGUGCAACCGUGUUCCUUGUCUUUUGUAACAGAAAACUAUGGAUGCUUGCUCCGAUAUGUGGAUUGGCUUUCAUUCCAGUCGCUUUUUUUGUCGGCUUGCAAUUUCCCCUCAUGAUAGAUCUUUUCAGCUCCACAUAUUUACCCAUCUUUGGUAAAGAAAGGAAAGCAAGUUUCAAAAACUUAAUCCGGAAGACAUAUGAAUUUACGCUUGAAUAUGCUACUAUAUCAAGUUAGUUCAUAUCUUCGAAUCAUUAUUCCGUCAUACUAAAAGGUAGUAGAGUGAGAAAAAAAAUUGUGUUAUUGAAUAUCAUGACAUUAUCGUCUCUUCUUGUUAUGUGCGUACGUUGCAUAGUAAGUACCAAAAUCAUCUAUUUAUUUAACAAUUUGUAGUUUAAUCCCAAAUGAAGUUUCUUUCACGCAUGAUCCACAAUGUAUGUUUUUUUUGAUAGUUUGUAUGAAAUAUGAAAAACUAUGGUUUAUUUGAGUAA